UUUUAUAGGUUAUCCGAAGGAAUUACUGGAAUUCCCAUUAAACUAAUGUUGCAAUUUUAAUUUUUUUUUCUGGGUAAAUUACUUGUAACGCUUUUGCUGACAGUAGUUUGUUGCUACUGCUGAUUUCAGCGUAUUCUUCCGUCUCUUAUUAACGGUCGUUUUGCAGGAAUAAAAUGCCUCCGAAGAAAUCCAAACCAAAUGGAUUCAUCAUGUUUGCUCAAGAAUUGAAAAAAACCCAGGGCAGAAAGUAUACGUCUCUAAAGGAGGCUUGCGAUGCUGCGGCACCUCUUUGGGCACGUAUGUCAAAGGAUGACAGACAGCCCUACAUAAACAGAUCCCACCAAGGGAAUCGCGACUCGAGCCAAUACACUUCAGAAGGCCUGGAUGUGCAAAGGUUAAAAAAAGAGGAAUCAUUAAAACGUCAAGCGAGUGAAGUUGACCGUUAUGCUAUAAGAAGUACUAUUAGUUUGGCACAUCAUAGCGACGAACUGGAGACGGAAAUGUUCUUUUUAAUCGACAUCAACAUCUUUUGUCACUAUCAAAUGGAGGAUCGUUACUGGCCUGCUGAAAUCUCGGUGUUAUGCUUUAAUCUAAAAGAUGGAGUGAAACCAGAGAAUAUUUUCCACUCGAUGAUCAUGCCGGGUCCAAUGCCCAUCGGGUACAAAUUUGAUGCGAAAAAACAUUCGGAUGAAACCCACCACAUUCCGGUACCAUAUGAUGAUAAUGUCGAAACCAACAUGGAGGAGGUUUAUUUUGAGUUAAAAGAGUUUUUGGAUAAGAAAAAGAUGCCUGGAGUGAAAUCUAUGCCCAUGCUGUAUGCAAAUAAAAAAUACACUAAAAUGAUCAAACGUAUUUUGAACCUUUGGGGUGAAGAGUACGAGGGACAAACCGAUAUAUUUAAUGUGUAUGAGAUACAGCUUAUGUUGUACUAUUUGAGAAAUACUGUGGCUGGUGAUGAGGUUUGGAAUAAAAUGUCUUUUAGCGAGAGACAACUGGAGAAGGAUAUUUAUGCUUAUGUAUCCGAGAUUGCUUGCCUGUUUCACGCACACUCCUAUCCGGUCUACUGCACCAAGUCGAUCGUUACACGUUACGCGUAUAUAAUAUGCGACAAUUGCUGUCCAGAUCUGAAUAUAGGGUUAAUCGAGGGCCAACAUGUGCCCUUCAAUGCUGAUCUUUCGGCUGAAGGUGACCCCCAAGGAAGCUCAAACUUGAGCAGUAAAAGUUCCCAGUUUGGAGGAAGAUCCAAGAGAAGAGGAUUUAACAGUGACAUUGAAACGGAGUCGUCAUGUAGCGACAGAUGGGAAUCCGAGUCAACUUUAAGUACCGGAUCAACUUCGACGGUUACAUCGAACACGGCCCUAAGUUCCCAACCGUGCACCUAUUUCCCAGAAACUAAUCAUGUGGGUGAUUACAGUCUCAACUCUUCAGAUGGGAUGAGUUAUGCCGGAGCCUCUGGAUCUGGAUUGCCUCCUGCAUUUGAGAACUCAAUUUCCCAGUUAACGUUGAAUCCCAGUAAACCCGGGGGUAAUGCCUGGGGCAGGGUAUAUUCCGGGGAUUCGGACUCCUCUUCUGUAUCAGAUUUUCCUGCACUGGAACAACCUCGUGGUAGGGGUCGUUUAUUACUUAAGAAACUCAAUAAGGAGAAACCAGUGGGAACUCAAAGAGAUGCUCAAUAAUAAUAAAUUACACUUUUGACUUACGAUAACUCGCUUUGUUAUUCAGGAAAACGCAUUUUAUUUUAAUUUACUAUAGAUUAAUGUUUUCGUUUGACUUUUUACCAUUUUAUCGUUUAUUUAGGGUAUGAAUCUCGCCGCAUCGAUUUUUAACCACAAAAACACACCUUUAUCUGUUAUUAUCAUGAUUUGACGUGGUUUGAAUAACGUACCGACCUAAAACAAUAAUUAAGUUAAACUGUUUAUAUACGUUUUGUUGUUAACUAUAAAUAAACAUAUGUAUUUUAUUAUUUAAACGUA